UUCCGAAUUAGGGUUUACUGGCGAUAACUUGUGAUCAUGUCAUUAGAUUUGAAGAUGCAAGAGAAAUUUACUUGGGUUUUGGAAAACUUCUCAUCUUUGCAAGAUGAGUGCUACUCUCCCGUCUUCACGGUCGCCGGCUGCAAUUGGCGUCUUCUUGCUUGUCCCAGAGGAGUUAGGAAGAAUGAUCGUUACUUUUCCGUGUAUCUUGAUCUUGCGCCUGAAUCUUUGCCACCAGGAUGGAGAAGAGAAGUGAAAUUUAGCAUUACUCUUGUCAAUGUUUGGCCUAUUGCGAACAGAGUAUUAGGAGAGCCAUGCUUUUUCGAUGCAAAGACUAGCAAUUGGGGUUUUGAAGAUUUCUUGCUCCUUGAAAAACUUCGUAAUAAAGGGGAAGGAUUUUUGGUGAAUGACAGACUCACUAUCGUCGCUGAAGGGGACUCUCCUUGUCAUCAAGUGGCCCAAACAACUGAUGAUGCUGCAUCUCAAGAGAAGUUAGAUGAGAAUGAUGAUGAUGAUGAUGACGACGCCUCUGAAGAGAGUACGGAUGGUGAUGAUGAUGACGGGUCUGAAGAGAGUUCGGAUGAUGAAGAUGCAUCCCAGGAGGAUACAGAUGAUAAUGAUGAUGGAGUUUGUGACAUAAGUCUUUUGAACCAAUUGAUGAAUUCCUUAGAGGAUGCUUCUUAUACGGAAGAAAAUCAUGGUAUAAGUUGUAAUAAUGUGGUGGCUGAGACUGAGGUUUCCAAUGGUCAAAGUGAUGAUGCACCUAAAAAAGAUGAUGAUGAUGAUGAGGCUUCAUCUCUUGUUUUGAAUGAUAGUGAUGAAAACGGAAGUACUAAAGAACAAGUGAAAGUGACGAGGCUUCAUCUCGUGUUGGAGGAUGCCUCUCAGACAUUUAAAAAUGGUGGUAGGGGGCUUAACACCGUGGCAUCUGUUAUGGGGACUUGUGAUAAUGUGCUUAUGGAGAUUCAACAAGUACAGGAAACAGUGGAUAUCAAUGGGUUUGAGGUUGUUUCUUCCAAGGUGGAAUCUGUGAGACGUAUAUUCGAAAGACACCCAGACAUUGCUGUGGAGUUUCGUGGAAAGAACCAACAUCUGAAGAACGCAUGGUUUAAGGUGGAUUGGUUGGAGAAGAAGCUGGACCAACUAAAGGAAAAGAAGGAGGAAGAGAUGUCUGGUUUGGCACGGCUCCAUGAGAUAGAGGAAAAUCUAGUGAUAUUGAAGCAAAAGUGGUCAGACCUGGAUGCUCUUGCGGAGAAGGAGAAGGCAGAGUUGUCGGCCACCAGAGCUGCCAUGUCUUUCGAUGAUUUUGUUUACUGACUUGAGUUCUCUUUAGGCAUUUGGUGUUCUGAUAUCUUAUUUUUUCUUUUAGUUUCAAAAUAAGAGGAACUCUUGUAGGGCAAUUGAACUUAUGUCAGUAUUUUACUGCGAGAUGGUCUAUCAAAUUUUUAGCUAACAAAUUUGUUGUCUCGUU